AUGAGCUCUUCACCAGAACCUGUAGGUACCCAAAGUCAGGACCCAGUAUCGAGCCGGAAGCGCGCACUCAGAAACGGGCCAGAGCAGCAAAAUAUACGUCAAAUCAAGCGCAAAGCUGUUAAAGACGAAGAACACAUUUUGCCGCUAGUUUCAGCGACGGUGAAGGCUUCUGCCGACGUUACAGUGUCCCCAGACUCGAAAGGCACACAAGUCGUCGUCAGUAAUGCCGAGAAAAGCGAUUCUGGUGAUACAAAAGCGGCUGCGGCAGGUCCCACAGGCCACCGACCCGUAACCUCCUGCACGCAUUGUCGGCAACAUAAGAUCAAAUGCAACGCCAGCGAGAAAUUUCCCAAUCCAUGUUCGAGGUGCGAAAGAAUGGGUCUUAAAUGCGAAAUAGACCCCAAGUUCAGACCCAAAAAGGGCUCACAACUUCAGAGUUUACGUAACGACGUAGAAGAGCUGAAACUGAAGGUGGAGUGUCUUGCACACAACGAACGAUUAAUAGCGCGAGCACUCGGCCAGAGUGAGUGGGGCCAAAACUUAUUAGAAAGUGUCAAACGCGCAGCUCAGUCCGCAAAAGAGAAAUCACUCGCCAGAAAAACAUCAGUGGACAAAGGAGAGGAACUUAAACGUUCUCCCAAAGUUACAGUCAAAACAUACUUGGCUCGCGAACCAAAUCUCAUACAAGCUGUUUCUCCAAGAGCCUCAAGUUCAAGCGGGUCUUCUACACGCGGAGGAUUGCGUAGCCCGAAAAUUCGCGUCGAUCCCUCGGUGCUAAACGACGAGACACUUCCACCGGUUCUGAGGAUCGCUCUCAAGCGACAUGCCUCCAAACAAGCAACAUCUCCCAGUGAUUCUAUCGCGAAUAGAAGUCCUAGUAUGACUCCGGAUAAUAUUGGUAACGGGGACGCACUUAGCCGAAGGGAAAUUGUUGUCGCCACUACGAAUGCCAUGCAGCUCUUACCGUCUCCUCAGGCUAGCAUAGACGAGUUUAUUCUUGGCGAUGUCAAAAUCUCCAUAUCAAAGGCCGAUGAGCUACAUCGGGUGUUCAUUGACGAGUUUCUGCCAUACUUCCCUAUCAUGUACUCAAAUUCGGCAACAGAGCUGUAUUCACAGUCCCAUCUUCUCUUUUGGACGGUGAUGCUCACUGCGUGCUUGUCAGAGCGUGAUCCUACACUUUACAACCAGCUAGCGUCGUUGAUCAAACAAUUGGCGAUCGAAACUUGCUGGAUUAGAACCCCGCGUUCAACUCACAUAUCACAGGCCUUAUUGAUACUUUGCACUUGGCCACUGCCAAAUCAGAAGGUAUUAGACGACUGUUCCUAUCGAUUUGUCGGGCUUGCCAAAUCACUUUCAUUUCAGCUGGGCUUGCAUCGAGGUAAAUUUAUGUCGGAGUUCACCAGGACUCAGACUUCAAUGCCGGACGCAGAAAAAUGGAGAACCCGCACAUGGCUGGGUAUUUUCUUCGCAGAGCAAUGCUGGGCAAGUAUUCUAGGUUUACCUCCCACCUCUCAAAAUGAUUACCUGAUAGAACUGGCCCGUUUUCGAGAAGACGAAAGUGUUGUUCCUAGCAGAUUCCGACAACUAAUCUGUCUUGCCGAUUUCCAAUCUAAACUUUGUGGAACCAUGGGUUCAAGUGUAACUACACCCGAUGGUUUACUGGAUGCAACACAGAGAGGUAGCGCGCUCGAAUCUUUGGGGAAAGUGCUUGCAACACUACAGGCCAAAUUGAAUUUUGAGCAAGACACGGUUAUUGAAAUGUAUUACCUAUACGUCAAGCUUAUGAUUUGCUGCUUCGCGUUUCUUCCGGGCACGCCAACGGAAGAUCAAAAGAAGUAUGUCGAUGAUGCUUACCUGUGCGCAACGAAAAUUGUGACUCUACUUACAAAACUCUUAGAGACCACCAAACUGAUACAACUACCAAUAUACGCCAGACAGAGUGUGACGUAUUCUGCCCUUAUUUUAUUCAAACUUCAAUUAAGCCCAUGGCUAACAGAGAAAUGCGUGGACUCGGCACGCCAGUCUGUCGUCACAGUGCAUCGCUUGUACAGAAACCAGCUUACGGCGUGGACCGCUAGUGUGGAAAAUGACAUCUCGCGAACCGCUAGUGUGCUUGAGAAAUUGAAUUUUGUGCUCAUAACACAACCCGAGAUAUUCAUAGAGAGCGAGGGUAUAAUUACUCGCAUGAGGUCUCAUUUAACAGGAACUCUGUUUUACGAUUUAGUUUGGUGCAUUCACGAGGCCCGCCGACGUCAAACAGAUCCUACUUUCAAGAGAAAGCAAGAAGCAGCCAAGGAAGAUGAAGGGGAAAAGGAGAUCUCAAAGACUACCAAGCAAGAAAACGCCAAGGGUCGGAAAAAUAGGCUGUGCCCAUUGCCGUUUUAUAAUCAGAUUUCCAAAGAAGACUUUGAGACUAUCACGCAAACAACUCCAGGAGGUACCACGGUGACCACCUUGAUCCCAACUGAAAAUGCGAUACAAGAAGCAAAGAGAUUGGCGAAAAGCCAGGGCGGUAAAAAGGGGCCAAUAAGAUACAUUAAUGGAAUCCCCAUUUCCGUUCUAGAAGAAACAGGAAGCAUGAACCCCGACGCCACAAAUGGGGUAACUGACGAAGCUGGUUUUGAUUUGGCAACAAUUGCUAGAUCUGCCACUCCUGGCAGCACGGUCAAGGCAAGUGCCACAACCGAGGACAUUAUACCUAAAUCUCCAUCACUUUUUGCACAGUCCAUGCAACGAUCUGCGAGUACUCCUGUAGCAGGGGAAUUUCUCAACCGUGGGCGGGGCGCUGGUAAUAUAACUCCGCCUAUGGUUUUGGAAAAUACCCACUCGCUUUUUGCCGUGAACAAUUCAAAUGUACCCAGUGCCAAUACACAAAGUCUGGCGCUUACUAAGACAGCGGCUUCCGAGUUUGCUGCGCCUGCAUCUCCGUUACUGACUUCAAACUCUUACUCGAGUUUGAACAUGUUUUUGACCGCUGAAAACAAUAAUGCUGCGGGAACUCUUGCGCAGGCUUUACCUAAACAUUCAUCGGAGCUGAACACCUUCUUCCAGACGCAAAGCGCUGGCUGGAUGGAGCAAAACUCGGCCAAUGACGAUGAUAUUCUCGGUUGGUUCGACAUAAACAUGGCACCCGAAUUCUAG